AUGAAAUAUAUGAUAGUGCGAUUGAUCGCGAUACUUUUCUUCGUGUUGAGUAUCAAAUCGCUGACAGAAGAAAUAAGUACUAAUAAUUAUUUCCGACUAAUUAACGACGUCCACAGAUAUUAUCGUACGUCAUGUGUUAUUUUCGUACAAUCUGAUAAUUACGAUUUAAAAACGACGACAUUAGUGCAUACAUUGUCGCGUGAACUUUCACAGCAGCGAGUCAUGAUCACGAUCAUAACUUUUUCAAAUCUGAUGAGUAAAUACAAUGAUUACCAGAAGAAUAUCAGGCUGCCCUUAUUCGUCAUUCUCCUGGACACCGAGGAGACCAUGUACGAAUUCGCCAAGAUCACGAAGGGCAUAAAACCCAUCUUUUUCCCUAUCUGGUUGGUUGUGUUUCUUCAGCAUCUUGGAAACCCCCUUAAAGACUACUGCACGCAUCCUGCCAACAACAUAUUUAACGUGGACGUCAGCACUCAGAUGCUGGUCCUGUGCUACAAUCGCCCGAUUCUAGUCGAGUGGUAUGCCAUUCGUGAUAAUUAUACUAGAACGUUUGAUCUGGCUACAUGGUCUCCUGAUAGAGGUCUGAUCCUGAGAACGCAGGAAAAUCUGUACGCCAGGAGGAGCGACAUGUUUGGUGAUGUUGUACGCGUGACGGUUGUAAAUAACUCGCCAUUAGUCUCGCUGAAGAACGGUACGAUGGACGGAUUUUUUGGUUUGCUACUGAUAGAGCUCAGCAAAGUGAUGAACUUUACGAUAAAGAUUCUGGAUCCAGUAGACUCAUUCGGUAGCUGGGAUCCGCAAAAUGGUUGGUCAGGUGCGAUUGGCAAGUUGGUGAACAAUGAAGCUGAUAUUGGCAUAGCCGCAUUCACAUUAACAAACGAUAGACUGAACGACAUCGACUUUACGAUACCAUUGAUACGUACACAAUACCGCCUCUAUUUGCAUGAGCCCAUCACGCCUUACGUGCAAUGGUUCUGGUAUUUUAAGGUAUUUAGCCCUGGAGUUUGGGGUACAUUAAUAAUGAUAAUAAUAAUUGCUUCUAUUUUGUUGACUGUUAUUAAAGCAAAAGGAUUCUCGAUGAGCAUAAUAUCUGACAACUAUAUUAAAGUUUGGGGUAUUUAUUGCCAGCAAGGUCUACCAGAAUUUCCCAUAAAGUCAUCGAUGAGGCUAGCUUUUUUUUCGAUUUACGCCUCGUCAGUAAUAAUUCUGUCUACUUAUUUCGCCUCAUUGAUCAGUUACUUGGCACUCAAUACGGCUAAACUGCCUUUUUCCACUUUGGAAGGAUACGUUGAGGACGGCACUUACAAAUUACUCGUUCUACAAAAUAGUGCUGAAUAUGAUAUUCCACUUUAUACCAAGGAUCCCUUAUUAUUGAAAAUGUACGAAUCGCGGGAAGAUAAGGAAUAUUUACCGUUUAAUUUGUCUGAGGGAUUCAAGAAAAUUUGCGAGCGGAUGGACUUGGCAUUUUAUACGACGGAAGUGUUCAAAAACUAUAUGGGCAUUUAUGUACAGUGUGAGCUGGUACAUAUUAAUACCGGAAGAAUCGAUAAUAAUGCGAUAACUUUAAAGAAAGGAAGUCCUUACACUGGCUUUAUAAAUUAUCACUUGAGACGAUUUCAACUUAACGGCGUUAUAAAUAAAUUACAAAACAAGAAUCCCUCAAAAAUUCCAAUGAAGGGCGGUAUUGGUAAUUUUACGGUCGAUAUAACCGAUGUAACGCCGAUUUUAACAAUUGUAAUAGGCAGUAUGGUCUUGUCAUUAUUUGUCUUGAUAAUCGAGAAAGUGUAUUAUUCAUUUAAAACUCCAAACUUUAAGAAUAAUGAAUCCAUUACAAAAUUCACUUACAAUCUUAACGUGAGAAAUAAAUUGCGGAAAGAAUACGAGAAGAGCUAA